AAGAAAUAUCAAUUGAUCCCGCGACAAUUGCGAGUUGGGGUGUUCUGUGCCUUUCACCAACUCCGUACCCCCCUCUAAUCGUAUAGACUGUCACUGAAGAGGCUUGAUGCCCAGGACGGAAUCUUUGGGUCUUAACGGUUUAUUGUAUAAUGCGCUCAUUCUUAUUUUCUCAGUUGGCGUUGUUAGGGGGGAUAUGCCUUUCAGUUCUAUCACAGGCACAGAGCACAAAUGGAACGAACAGUGCGGCAGCGUCGGUUUUCGUCAGCCCGGCCGUUGAUAUUGCCUUCGCCCUGAACGUCCCCGCAGAUUCAAUAACCGAUCUUUAUUUCUCACUUAUGAUACCCAUUCGCAUAACAUGGGGAGCAAUCGGUCUUGGAUCCAAGAAUAUGGCCGGAUCGCUCAUCCUAAUGGCGUACUCGUCCGCUUCCGGAAAGAAUGUCACCUUGUCUCCGCGUCUUGCCUACGGGCAUUCCGAGCCGGUGUACACUUCUGGCAUCAAUGUCGAAGCGCUUCCUGGAACGGGCCUGAUCAAUGAGACGACCUAUGUGUUCAAUGGUAAAUGUACCAACUGCCGUUCUUGGAACGGUGGCAGCGUCGAUGUAUCAAGCAAAGAGCAGAACUGCCUCUACGCGACGGGGCCCGACGGCAACAUCGACAGCGACGAUUUGGACGCGCCCUUGCAGAUGCACUGGAAUUAUGGAACUUUCACAAUGGAUAUGGUCCACGCGACUGGCCCAGGAGGUCUUCCCGUCAUCAACACGGAGGAGGACAGUGAGUCCAUCGCGGCGACUCAGGGGCUCUCCGUGUUCAAGAAAAAAGACGUCGCGGCCACGGUGCAUGCCAUUAUGAUGAUAUUCUGCUUUUUCGGGCUCAUGCCUUUUGGAAUAUUGAUCCUGCGUGUCGGCGGAUUUGUGCGGUGGCAUGCCAUCAACCAAGGGCUGGCUCUUAUCGGUGUGACCGUAGGGGUGGCGCUGGGGAUACAUAUCAGCUUUUUCUACAACAGGUCGAAAAAUUUCAACGACCCUCACCAAAUUAUCGGACUUGUCGUCUUCAUCUUAAUCUUUGGCCAAUUGGUCUUGGGGUUCCUGCACCACCGGUUCUACAAGAAGACGCAGCAGCCAACCAAACUCGCGCCUGUCCACGUAUGGCUGGGCAGGCUGCUCAUCGUCCUCGGGGUCACCAAUGCAUUCUUAGGCUUCCCCUUCGCCCAGAACUCCAAACGAAACUACAUUCUCGCAGGAUUGGUCAUCUUUAUCUUCCCAGUGGUCGCGAUCUUGAUUCUGACCAAGAGCUUUAUCCGCAAACGCUGGGCUCGCACCAAGGAGGAGACGACCGGCGGCCAGGGCGGCGGCUACAACAUGGAACCGUGGCGUCAGACAGAAGAGCAGACUGGAAUGGGCCACAGAGCGGCGGUAACGGCUCAGCACCAGAACGAGCCUCCUCCGUCCAAUAUUGGACUGUCGGAUAUGCGCUCUUACUCUAAUUAUCAGAGUAGUCAGGGUAGGAGGGUGGAUUUGGGACCACCGCAAUCGGCGCGGGAGUAUGUUUGAAAUCAAAAGCCUGGAAUCAAGAUAUUCGUGAUGAAUCCCGUAGAAAUAC